UUGAAGAAACUAUCUACCUCUAUAACGAUUCCAUAAUUCAUAUUUACAAUAAAUACUCUCCUUUAUCAUCCGUAACUUCAUCUUUGAAAACCCUAAAAUAUAGCAAGUAACAACAACUUUAAUAAAAAAAUGUAUAAAGAUGGCUACAUUAGAACAACAUUAUGUUGCUUAGCUGUUAUGGCGUUGGUUGCUCGAAACCAUGCUGUGGUAAUCGACAUAAAAACCAAAGGCGCCACAGGCGAUGGCAACACGGAUGACGGCCCGGCGAUAAUGAGUGCUUGGAAAGAAGCAUGUGAUCAUGGAGGGUCAUCACCAAGCACAGUGUUGAUUCCACCAGGGUUAUAUAAGACGCAUUCGAUUGUAUUAUCCGGUCCUUGCAAAGGACCGAUUGAGCUCCACGCCACCGGAGCCACCUUAAAGGCACCACCGGAGCUUGCAAAGUUCAACACUACUAGUUGGAUCCUCAUUAAAAGUGUCAAUAGGUUUACUUUGACUGGUGGUACAUUUGAUGGCCAAGGUCAUCAUACCUGGAAUAGUACUAAAUGCCAUGAUUCCCUAAUGACAUGCGAAAUACCAGUCAAUCUGAGAUUGAGUCAUACAAAGAAUUCAUUAUUUAGAGACUUCACAUCCGCUAACAGCAAAAACUUUCACAUAGCUUUAUGGGGUUGUGACAAUAGCAGCUUCGUAAAUAUUACUAUUAGUGCACCAGGAGACAGUGUGAACACCGAUGGAAUUCAUAUCGCGCGGUUAAACGGGCUAAACAUCACAAACUCAACUAUUAAGACGGGUGAUGAUUGCAUUUCUUUUGGAGAUGGAAGCAAGAACGUCCGUAUCGAGAAAGUAACGUGCGGUCCAGGGCAUGGCAUCAGUAUUGGAAGCUUAGGCAAAUUUCCAAAUGAACAACCGUUACAAGGAGUCUGGGUUAAGAACUGCACCAUUACCGGCACUAAUAACGGAGUCAGGAUCAAAAGUUGGCCUGCUUCGUACCCGGGAAUCGCUAGCGACAUUCAUUUUGAAGAUAUAAUCAUGAAUAAAGUGGGAAAUCCCAUAUUGAUCGAUCAAGAAUAUUGUCCUCAUGAUACUUGCAAGAAACACGUUCCAUCAAAAGUGAAGUUAUCAAAUGUGAGCUUUAGGAAGAUCAGGGGAACAUCUACAACUAAGGUGGCAAUGAAGUUUACUUGCAGCCCAGAGGCGCCAUGCGACAACGUGGAGGUGGCCGAUAUCAACUUGACAUUCCACGGACCUGGAGGACACGGAGCAGCUAGCUCUAUGUGUUUACAUGUGAAGCCCAAAGUCGCAGGUCAUAAUGUCCCCGAGGUUUGUCCUGGCGGGACACAUUAAUCAACCGUUUGAUCGAUCUCGAUAAUCAACCAGGCAGCUAGAUGUGGAAUUCUUGUACAAAAAUAGUUCAUGCAAAAAUUCAGAGACUACUUGGAUAUGUAUUUCUGUGGAUGUACAUAAGUACGUGUAGAAAUAUUUCAUAUGGAUUAUUAAUUAA